CCAUAAAGAUUAAAGAAUAAGAGUUGGUGCCUGCUGCGUUUACAGAGCAGAGUCCCCCACUCUCCAAAUCUUUCUCAUUCAGUGAAUGCCAAGUGGAGAAAGAUAACCACAAUCCCUCCAAAAUAUUCCAUCUAGAAUCUGAACAAAAACAAAGCAAACCACCCAAAAAAUCCACGAAUAUUCCACCCCCACAUACCUAAAUUUACCUAUUGCUCCACCCUCCAAUUCCAACCACUCCCUCCUCGUUGCAACGCUAUUUCUCAGUAUACGUUUUUUGGUGUUUCGUGUUUGUUCCAAAUUUGUCUACGUUGGUGGGUACUGGCUUGUUUGAACUAGGGAGGGUGUAUAUCCAUCUGGGUCGUUCUUGCUUUUCCUUCAACUUGUUCAAAAAAUGUACUUGCUGUGAUUCUAAGACAGCCCAACAUGGAUGUCGAGCGUGUGAUCCGUAGCCAUCCAGUGAAGAAAGAUUCAUGGAAGACAGUGUUAACAUUGGCUUACCAGAGCUUAGGUGUUGUCUAUGGAGAUUUAAGUACUUCUCCUUUGUAUGUGUACAAAAGCGCUUUCGCUGAGGAUAUUCACCAUUCUGAGAGUAAUGAGGAAAUAUAUGGGGUCUUGUCUUUUGUGUUCUGGACACUUACACUUGUGCCACUACUCAAGUAUGUAUUUAUUGUCCUUAGAGCUGAUGAUAAUGGUGAAGGUGGGACUUUUGCUUUGUAUUCACUGCUAUGCCGGCACGCCCGCCUUAGCUCAUUGCCCAAUUGCCAGCUCGCGGAUGAGGAGCUAUCGGAGUACACGAAAGAUGGGAUUGAGUCUGAUAGGGGAAAUAUUGGGUGGAGAUUGAAAUCGACAUUGGAGAAGUAUAGAGUGUUGCAAAGGUUUCUGCUUGUUCUGGCUUUGAUUGGGACUUGCAUGGUUAUAGGGGAUGGGGUGCUCACACCAGCAAUUUCUGUGUUUUCAGCCGUGUCGGGUCUGGAGCUUUCCAUGUCAAAAGAGCAUCACCGAUAUGUUGAAGUCCCAGUUACUUGUAUCAUACUGGUAUUAUUGUUUGCUCUCCAACAUUAUGGGACCCACCGAGUAGGGUUCCUCUUUGCACCUGUCGUCAUUAUGUGGCUUUUAUGCAUCAGUGCUAUUGGUUUGUAUAAUAUCUUCUAUUGGAAUCGCGACGUUUAUCAAGCACUCUCUCCAUACUACAUGUACAAAUUUCUGAAGAAGACACAAAGGGGAGGGUGGAUGUCCCUGGGUGGAAUUCUCUUGUGUAUUACAGGCUCAGAAGCUAUGUUUGCUGAUCUAGGCCACUUUUCACAGUUGUCAAUUAAGAUUGCUUUCACCUGUAUGGUUUACCCAUCCUUAAUCCUAGCAUAUAUGGGACAAGCUGCUUAUCUUUCUAGGCAUCAUAAUAUUGAAACUCAUUAUCGGAUUGGAUUCUAUGUCUCUGUACCUGAGAAAAUAAGAUGGCCUGUUCUGGCAAUAGCGAUACUUGCGGCAGUUGUGGGAAGCCAAGCCAUCAUCACUGGAACUUUCUCUAUAAUCAAACAGUGCUCUGCUUUGGGUUGCUUUCCAAGGGUCAAAAUUGUGCACACAUCGUCUAAAAUACACGGUCAAAUAUAUAUUCCAGAGAUCAAUUGGACCUUAAUGCUGUUAUGCUUGGCUGUUACCAUGGGUUUCAGGGACACAAAACGCAUGGGCAAUGCAGCAGGUUUGGCAGUUAUAACUGUUAUGCUCGUAACUACCUGCCUAAUGUCUCUGGUUAUAAUCCUGUGCUGGCACAGAAGCGUCUUCCUGGCCAUUUGCUUUAUAUUCUUCUUCGGCUCCAUUGAAGCACUCUACUUUUCAGCAUCCCUCAUCAAAUUCCGUGAAGGAGCUUGGGUCCCCGUUGUCCUCUCAUUUAUCUUCCUACUCGUUAUGUAUGUUUGGCACUAUGGCACGCUCAAGAAAUAUGAGUUUGAUGUUCAAAAUAAGGUGUCAAUCAACUGGCUGCUCAGUCUUGGUCCCAGUCUUGGAAUUGUGCGGGUCAAGGGGAUUGGACUCAUACAUACAGAGCUUGUUUCUGGGAUCCCAGCUAUUUUCUCUCACUUUGUCACCAAUCUACCAGCUUUCCACCAGGUUGUGGUCUUCCUCUGUGUCAAAUCGGUCCCAGUGCCACACGUCAGACCUGAUGAAAGGUUCUUGGUGGGAAGAGUUGGUCCAAAGGAGUACCGGCUUUAUAGAUGCAUAGCACGGUAUGGCUAUCGUGAUGUUCAGAAGGAUGACAACGAGUUUGAAAAAGAUCUUGUUUGUAGUAUUGCAGAAUUUAUCAGGUCAGGGAGACCAGCAUUAGUCGUGGGAGAAGAAGAUAUGGAGAAUGAUGAAAAUAUGACGGUUGUUGGGACUUCAUCAUCAAAUUUAGAAGGUAUAAGAAUGUGUGAAGAUGAUGAUAACUUUGCAGACAUGGUAGGCACUUCAGAGUUGAGGGAGAUUAAGUCCCCAGAAAGGGUUAGGAAGAGAGUGAGGUUUGUUGUGCCGGAGUCUCCACAGAUUGAUAUGGAUGCCCGGCAGGAGUUGCGCGAACUGACGGAAGCAAGGGAGGCAGGAAUGGCAUUUAUAAUGGGGCACUCAUAUGUGAGAGCAAAGAAAGGGUCCAGUUUGAUGAAGAAAAUUGUGAUUAAUCUGGGUUAUGAUUUCUUGAGGAGAAACUUCAGGGAACCAACUUCUGCUUUGAGCAUUCCUUAUGCAACUACUCUAGAGGUGGGGAUGGUUUACCAUGUUUAAUCAAUGCUUAUACAGCAUAGCUUUGUAUUCUGCAUUUUCUCCAUCUGGGUCAUUGUAAAUAAUUUAUCAGAUUUUUUCUUUUUCUUUUCUUUUUUCCGUUUUCGCUGCAAUGUUCAUCUAUGUUGAGUUUAUAGAGCUAGUAGUAGGCACAAAGUGCUAGAGAAAGUGUUCCAUGCAGAACUACAAGAUCAAUCAACCGUGUUUCGGUUUGGGCUUCAA